AUGCGGCUCCUCGGCAGCGCGGCGAUCACGCUGCUCGCCGCUCCAGCCGCGCGUCGCGCGCCGCCCGCGGCGGCCCUCGCUCACGCCGCCGGCUCGCGCGUCCUCCUCGUCGAGGACAACGACGGCAUGCGCUCGGCGCUGCACAAGUACCUCGCGGACAACGGGUUCGAGUGCGAGGCGUACGCGGACGCGGGCGUGGCGCUACGCGCGCUGCGCCGCGCCACGCCGUCGACGCGGCCCGACCUCAUCAUCACCGACGUGAUGAUGCAGGGGCUGGACGGGAUCGGCCUCCUGCGGCGGGUCCGCUCUGAGCCGGCGCUGUGCGGGGUGCCGGUGCUGCUGCUCACGGCGCGCGGGCUCGCGGCGGACCGCAUCGCGGGCUACAGCGCCGGCGCGUCGGCGUACCUCACAAAGCCCUUCGACCCCGAGGAGCUCCUCGCUUGCUGCAACGCGCUGCUCGCCAACGCGAUGCUCUCUCGCGCAGCGACCACGAGGGAGGAGCUCGCCUCCCUCUCCGAGGACGUGUCCGCCACCAAGCAGCUCCUCCAGCUCCUCCUCCUUCAGCAGCAGCAGCAGCAGGCAGCGGCGCCGCGCCUGACGAACCGCGAGCGGACAGUGCUCGAGCUGGUUGGGGAGGGGAUGCUGAACAAAGAGAUUGCGGUGCGGCUGGGCGUCUCGAAGUCGCACGUGGAGAAGUACGUGCGUCGGCUGCUCGACAAGACCUCCUCCUCGAACCGGACGGAGCUGGUGCGGAGGGCGCUGCAGCUCGGCCUGCUGCGGCUCGAUGCGCCCGCGCCGCCGGGGCAGGCUAGCCGGCAUGCAGAGGCCCUCCUCCCGAACCGGGAGGGGGGCGGCUGA